AAAAAAAAAAGUAGAGCUGAGGAGGAUGAGCUGAAUCAAAUUCCUGCUCCGUCAUUUUUCUCCCAAGUAAUGACCUGCGCAAAAUUCAAUAUGACCGAGCGAACUGCGCCAGCGUAUUAUAGUAACUGCCUGCUCGUGGGGGAGGCCCGGAGAGGGGUGAACCGUAGGUCACAGCGUCUAAAAAUUAUUAAAAUGUUCGAGAGCCUCGUGACGCGCCUAGCUGUUUAACAAAGACUGACAAAGUAUGAGAUUAAUACGAAAACUUGCGCCUCAAAAACAAAAACACAUCAAAAAAAAAAAAAAAAAAGUCUUGUUUCGGCCUCCAAGGAGGCCCGGAGCUGCUGUGCCCGCAGCCGCGGUUCGGUUUUCCGGACACACAAUAGUGGACAAGAGCGAGCUCCUCUGUGGCCGAGCGGGCCCGAGGGCGGGUCUGCGGCCGGGAGGGCCGGUGAGUACUCUUGCCCGCUCCCUCUCUGGGCCUUCCACUCCUCGGUGCGGCCUCCGGUGCGCGGGCCGGCUGGGGGCUCGCCUCCUCGACCCUUCGGUUUCUCUCCCUCGCUCUAUGCCCUCUCCCGGGCGACAAAAGGUAGACGGAUUCCGUGCGGGCUGGGCACGCCCGGGACAGCGAAGGGGGCUGAGCAGUGAGAGGUCACUCUAGCAACCUGUGGCUGCCCGGGGGGGAAGGCUGCCGGCGAGCCAGCGAGCGAGCGGGGGAGUACAGGGGAGGUGGCUCGGGAUGCGCGCGCAAAGCUUUUUGCUUUUUCUUAUUUUUAUUAUGACUACUCCUGUUAGCAUUCUUUUGAGGGUGGAAGGGAGAGGCAGCCCCCGGUUUUGGUGAAAUCCGUCUAGGGAGUGGCUGAUAAACCUUGUCCUCCACCCAUCGCGGCUGCACUCGGCUGGUGGGGGGGGGGGUGCGGCGCCUCGGUGGGAUGGGCAGGUGGCGGCUCCCAGCGCGCAGAAGAGAAAAUCUCUGCGCUCUGUCCCUAAGAUCAGCCAUACCCAGCCCCGCAGUGUCUCUGUCUCCCAUACCUCUCUCUUGGGGUGCUCCGAGCACCUGGGCUGCAUCCUUUGUGAAGUGCAGAGCAACAGAGAGGCCCGGUGGCCGGCCUAGCGGCCCUCCCCAAAUUCGGAAAAGCCGACUGAGUUGGACGGGUUUCAGAGAGCGAGCGAGCGAGUUGAGAAGGACAGGAGGUAUGGGGUGGGGGAGGGGCCUGGCCAGUUGGAAUGGGUCGUGGAACCCCUGACUAACUGGCCUUUGAUAAGACUUGGAAAGAUCCCUGCUUGAGGCCGCGGGGCUGGUGGGGGUCCUACCCAGGCAUUUUGUCUGUGGGCCCAGGGCCAGACUCUAGUAGUCUCUCUAGGUGCCCAUGUGGGGGGGUCUAUUGGACCCUCUCUUGGCAAAGAUCAUUAAAAUAUAAGUGUGGUGUGGGGUGUAUGUGUGUGUGUGUGUGUGUGUGUGUGUGUGUGUGUGAUUUUUCAAAUAUAUGCAAGUCAGCUUGGCUGGGCUGGGAGAGUGUUGUUGUUAGAAAUCAGGCCUGGAGGCCAAAAUUGGCAAUCUGGAUUUAGGACAGAAAAUCAGAGGGUCUCUGGACAUAGUUUCUGGCAAGUGGGAGCACUCCUCUUACCCACCUGCAAGGAUCCCAGAAUUGUGGAUGGGCAGAGACUUCUGGAAUGUGAUGGUUAGAGGGUUGUUUUUGUGUGUGUGUGUGUUAUCGCUGUAUUUGUUAAUGAAAUUGAUAUGAUUCUGACUUGCUCACCAGGGAUGCAAGUAUUUCUCAGGGAGAUGGGUAGGGAGUCUGGGCAAGGCGGAAGCUUUCUCUGCGCCAAUUCCCCUAACCCUGUGCUGGCCCUCAGCAUUCAGUCUAGGACCCAGUUCCCUCCAGCCCAGUCCCCAGUCUCCCAGUUUAGUAUAUUCAGCAGUUACUGGGACCCUCAGGAAGUUCAUUCAGAAACCCCAGGUUCCCCCAGGUUUCCCAGAUCCCCAUUUUGGUCGCACUGCCAGCGACCCUAGCAGGUGGCAGAAUGAGCAAAUUUAGACAGAGAGAGUCUGCUUGGGGCUAGGGAGGUGGGAGAAGCGGGGUUCCUCGCACACUUCAGGGAUUAUCCCCCUUUUCUGGCCCCAGGAGGUAUGGGAGUUUGGGAGGGGCCAGAAUAUCAUCUGGCUGCAUCUUUUAUGGUUCCUCAUUGCCCUUCAUUCGGAAAUGAAACGCCUUUGAUCUUUUUCUCAGGUUGUAAAUGGAAUUGCCCGUCAUUAAAUAUCCGGGGCCCCAUCUGUUUGGUCUCCCAGCAUUUUUCUUUACAGCUGUUUCUCUCUCUUUUUACCAUUGAAUUUUUCCAAAAGGACUUUUAUGACACCUCCUUCACACCCAGCCGCCUCUCCCUCCUCCCUUUACUGAGAGGCGCCUUGGAAAAUAUCUAGAUAUUCGUUUGAUGGCAAACUAAAGGCUUCGAGGGGCAUGGAGGAACCGAUUGGGGUUUUGUUUUUCUUAAAAAAAAAAAAAAUAAAAGUCCUGGGGGGAGGGGAGGGGCGCGAGGGCACCCAGAAGGGCCUGAUUCUGACUAUGCUGCAGCCUCAGGAUGACCCUUCCUCCUUUUGUGCUUAGCUAAUGUUUACAUCUCAUAAUUCAUGCGCCGCCCAGGGUUGCGCGGCGGCCGCGAGGUUCGCGUCCCUUUGCGGAACCGGCGGUUUCAAUUUCUCUCUGAUAGAAGAGAAAGAGAGUUGAAAACCUUGUAAUCCCCAAAAUGGACCCGCAGUGCCUUUCCCUGCUCCCAGAGCUCAAAAGUAGAACAAAACGAAAUAAAAUCAAAGCACUGAAAUCACACCCCAAACGAGAAGAAGGCGCGCAAAGUGGGAGAACUGGAAAAUUUCUGGGCCAAGAAGAUCUGUCUGUCUUCUGUAUAUACCCUGUAGAUCCGAAUUUGUGUAAGGAAUUUUGUGGUCACAAAUUCGUAUCUAGGGGAAUAUGUAGUUGACAUAAACACUCCGCUCAUUUUUUUCCCGAAGAAAAAAAAAAUGUUUUUUUCCCCAAAUGAGGACCAUCCGGUGACUGACCACACGAAGACUCCUUCCUUUUUCUUUCUUCUUUCUUUUCCUCCCUUACUGGUUAGAGACAGAGGAAUCAUCUACCUGAAUUCUCUCACGCCUGCCCCUGGAAGGCUUGGUCCCUUUUCGCUUCUCUUAGUAGGUUAAUAUUGCUGGUGGUGUUUUAAUUUUAUUCUCUCCCUCAAGCCCACUAAUUCUCUAUUCUGGGAUCAGGGAGGCUUUACUGAAAAUCCGGGGGGGUGGGCGGGGAACGACUAUCGUCGUCAGUGGGCGAAGGCACAGAAAAUCGCUUUUCAAACGGAUGUUGAGGUCUCCUUUGCGUUUGGGAUCAGAACAAGAGGGCCUGGAAAUAUGCAGUUACGAAGGGGUGUUAUUCUGUGUGUGGGUCACCCCCAGGGCUCCCACCCCCAGCAUCAUAAGGAUGUGAGAUUUCUCUGCACUGCAGAGGCGGCUGCAUUAGCGGCAAUUAGAAAGUCUGCACACCGUGAUUAGCAUUGCUCCGGUGGUUUUGGAAUUAGCAAAUUGCUAUUCAGUGUGCUCUCAAAAGUUGCAAGAUUUUUACUCCAGCGCUCGUGUUCAGUGUGAGAAAUCAAGUCAUUUCUCCCCGCUUGGGCCGCGUUGGGCACGGGGAGGAGUGGAUAGGAGAAGGGAACGGAAGGACUGACUGACACAACCAAACUAAUAGCGCAGCUAAAUGCGAUUUGGAAGGCGAGGUCUCCCCGAAUUAGUGCAUGAAUUUCCUAUCGAUCCGCCCGCGGUUCCAUUCAUCUCUGACAAGUCCCUCCGUGCACCCGCCUGCUUGCUCCCGACGCCUCCUCUCUCACUCCCUACCCCUCCUCAGGCGACUGCAGAGAAAAGCCCCAUGCUCAGUGCCUCUCGCCCCCAAUGUGGGUUCCCUUCUCCAGGCAGAGCCCCCAGGCUGUCUCUCACUUAACUCCCCACACAGACUCCUGGGCUCCUCGCCGUCUUGAGGAGGGGAUGGGGGCCUAUGGAAGGCAGAGAAUGCGGGGUGGAGGCGAGGCAGGACAGGAGGGGCUGCACCGGGAGCCCCAACUUCCGAGGGGAUCCAGGAUUGCUCUCUGCCCAGCGCCCCAACAGGCCCUCCAGCGGCAACCUGCCCUGUUCCUCUCCCUCUCUCUCUCUCCUUCUCUGUCUCUCUCCGAUCCCGGAGAGAGCCUGGCGAGGAGGCGGUCGCCCCGCAGGAGCCCUAUGUAAAUCCUGGUGUUGGGUGGGUGGGGAGGGGGAAAGAGAAGAAGGGGAAAUAAACCUCUUUGGCUGGAGUAGGGUCCGGGUGAGCAGAUUUCCUUAUCCGGGAAUCGCAGGCGGGGCGGCCAUUGGCUCCGGGGAUCACGUGGGCCCCUAACUUUGUUCACUUGACAGUAAGUAGGAGGGCUUUCGGAAACAGGAAAACGAGUCAGGGGUCGGAAUAAAUUUUAGUAUAUUUUGUGGGCAAUUCCCAGAAAUUAAUGGCUAUGAGUUCUUUUUUGAUCAACUCAAACUAUGUCGACCCCAAGUUCCCUCCGUGCGAGGAAUAUUCACAGAGCGAUUACCUACCCAGCGAGCACUCGCCGGGGUACUACGCCGGCGGCCAGAGGCGAGAGAGCGGCUUCCAGCCGGAGGCGGGCUUCGGGCGGCGCGCGGCGUGCACCGUGCAGCGCUACGCGGCCUGCCGGGACCCCGGGCCCCCGCCGCCUCCGCCGCCGCCCCCGCCGCCGCCCGGGCUGUCCCCUCGGGCUCCUGCGCCGCCGCCUUCCGGGGCCCUCCUCCCGGAGCCCGGCCAGCGCUGCGAGGCGGUCAGCAGCAGCCCCCCGCCGCCUCCCUGCGCCCAGAACCCCCUGCACCCCAGCCCGUCCCACUCCGCGUGCAAAGAGCCCGUCGUCUACCCCUGGAUGCGCAAAGUUCACGUGAGCACGGUAAACCCCAAUUACGCCGGCGGGGAGCCCAAGCGCUCUCGGACAGCCUACACUCGCCAGCAGGUCUUGGAACUGGAGAAGGAAUUUCACUACAACCGCUACCUGACGCGGCGCCGGAGGGUGGAGAUCGCCCACGCGCUCUGUCUCUCCGAGCGCCAGAUCAAGAUCUGGUUCCAGAACCGGCGCAUGAAGUGGAAAAAAGACCACAAGUUGCCCAACACCAAGAUCCGCUCGGGUGGCACCGCAGGCGCAGCUGGAGGGCCCCCUGGCCGGCCCAACGGAGGCCCCCCCGCGCUCUAGUGCCCCCCGCGCGCGGGGGAGCCGCGAACCUCGGGGCGGGG